AUGUGCUUUAGAUUUAUGGCGAACGGCUCGCAGCAGAGAAACUUGUGUGGUGGUGACACCGUUUUCGGUGAAAUUAUUCGAAAAGAAGCUCCGGCUGACAUCCUGUAUGAAGACGAAGAGUGCAUGGCCUUCAAUGAUAUUGCACCUCAAGCCCCGGUGCACUUCUUAGUUAUACCUAAGAAGCCAAUUCCUUCCCUUUCUGCAGCGGAGGACAGCGAUGAAAGGUUGUUGGGACAUCUUAUGAUCAUUGCGAGACGCCUUGCACGCCAGAUGGGUCUAGCUCAGGGCUACAGAAUUGUUGUAAAUAACGGGCCUCAGGCGUGCCAAAGUAUAUACCACCUCCAUCUCCAUGUUGUUGGUGGUCGUCAACUUAGGUGGCCACCAUAUUAA